UAACAACCAAGGAAGAAGAAAAAAGCCGGCACGCUUUUCCGGUAGUGGAGCGGAAGAGGCGGAGUUUGAGCCAAAAUGAGGGAAAAUAAGAACAUGUCCGAGUCCCCAUCUCAAGCGGGAAAAGAAAUACCGGCGAAAAAACAAAAACUAAGCAGUGACGAGAACAGUAACCCCGAUUUAUCAGGAGACGAGAAUGAUGAUGCGGUCAGUGUGGAGAGCGGGACCAACGCAGAGCGCCCAGACACCCCCACCAACACAGCCAACGCCCCGGGCAGGAAGAGCUGGGGCAAGGGCAAGUGGAAGUCCAAGAAGUGCCGAUAUUCUUUUAAAUGUGUCAACAGCCUGAGGGAGGACCACGGACAGCCGCUGUUUGGCGUCCAGUUCAACUGGCACAGCAAGGAGGGAGACCCGUUGGUGUUUGCCACAGUGGGGAGCAACAGGGUCACUCUGUAUGAAUGUCACUCUCAGGGAGAAAUAAGACUCUUGCAGUCUUACGUGGAUGCAGAUACAGAUGAGAACUUCUAUACGUGUGCCUGGACCUACAACACCAACACAAACCAUCCUCUGCUGGCCGUGGCUGGGUCCCGGGGAAUCAUCCGGGUGAUCAACCACAUCACCAUGCAGUGCAUCAAGCAUUAUGUAGGUCACGGGAAUGCCAUCAACGAGCUCAAGUUUCAUCCGAGGGAUCCAAAUCUCCUCCUGUCAGUCAGCAAAGAUCAUGCCCUGCGUCUCUGGAACAUACAGACGGACACGCUGGUGGCCAUAUUUGGUGGAGUGGAAGGGCAUCGAGACGAAGUCCUGAGUGCUGAUUUUGAUCUCCUCGGGGAAAAGAUCAUGUCUUGUGGGAUGGACCACUCCUUAAAGCUGUGGCGGAUCAACUCAGAGAGGAUGCAGAAAGCCAUCCGCGGGUCGUACGAGUACAACCCGUCCAAGACCAACAGGCCUUUCGUCUCUCAGAAAAUCCACUUCCCGGACUUCUCCACACGAGACAUCCACAGGAACUACGUGGACUGCGUGCGGUGGCUCGGGGAUCUCAUUCUCUCCAAGUCCUGUGAAAAUGCAAUCGUCUGCUGGAAGCCGGGGAAGAUGGAGGAAGACAUCGAUCACAUCAAACCCAACGAGUCCAACGUGACCAUCCUGGGACGCUUUGACUACAGCCAGUGCGACAUCUGGUACAUGCGCUUCUCCAUGGACUUCUGGCAGAAGAUGCUGGCUCUGGGGAACCAGGUGGGGAAGCUGUAUGUGUGGGACCUAGAAGUGGAAGACCCUCACAAAGCAAAGUGCAUCACUCUGACCCUCCCCAAAUGCACAUCGGCCAUCCGGCAGACCAGCUUCAGCCGCGACAGCAGCAUCCUGAUCGCCGUGUGCGACGACGCCUCCAUCUGGCGCUGGGAUCGGCAGCGCUAACCACAUUCCACCUGAAGAAGAAUCUGUAGUUCCUGUUGCUUCCUUACGUCCUGAACGUCUGCCCUGCUGUACACAGAUACUCUGCAGGAAGCGUCCUUUUGAACAUUUCAUCGUACGCGUGGUCUCAACAGAAAGAAUUUGUUUUAGAGUGGGGGAUAAAUCAUGCCAGAGAGAUGAUGAGGACAGGGAACAUUUUAUAUCCAGCACAACAUCAGUGUUGCUCUGAAAACUUUUCAGAGUAAAAUAAAACAGAAGGACUUUGCUCCAAACCAUAGAGGAAUAUUUUAGAUGUCAAACAAAAAGGUUUAGGAUGUUGGUGAAAUAUUCAACUAUGUGCCUUCUUGAUUUCUAUGCAGUGUCAUUCAUUUGAAAAUGGUUAACCAAUACCAGUGGAAUCAUCUCUUUCAACUGGCAGAUUUUAGUUUGAGGCACCACACGAAAGGACCAACGACAGGCGUGUCACAAUUUGAAUUCUUAGUUCAGACAAAAGAAAUGAAGAUUUAAGUCCCUUUUUUUACAUUCCUUUGCAUCUUUUUUGCCCCCUUUGGUGCCCACACAGGUACCCUUUACUGUUGCAUCAUUACAGUGAUACUAGAGGCUUUGAGUACACUCAAUAAAUGUGUUUUGUAAAUAUA